AGUGGUAUCGGUCGAAAGUGUUCGAGCCAAUGAAUGAAGCACAUAUAUGGUUCUUGACGUUCUCAUGGUUGGUCUGGCCUUGUCCCGACAGUAAAUUUUGUGCUGGCCAAUGACAACUACACGGCUUACAAGUCUGUUUAUUUUCAUCGGCCAAGGUGGGCCUUUGAUCCUUCAAAUGAAUCUCCACUUGGCCAAUGAGAACUCGACAGCCACUGAGAUAAUGACAGUACGAUUGGUUGAAGAUUCCCAUGGUUCCCUUCUUUUCAUCUAUCUGCGCACAUCAACCAUAAGGUCACUGGAGACAAGAAAUGAUGAAGACGUCCAUGGCGCAGUGCCUACAGGAGGUCUAAAGCUCAUGGUAUCACAAACCAAUAGUGUCUCUCUCUCUCUCUCUCUCUCUCUCUCAGGUUUGUCACCUCUUGAUCACUCCAGGAUGCUCCUUUGUGAGUGUAGAAAGAUUGAAUGAGUCGUAUGAAAUAUUCCUGUAAAAGAGCUGCUAUAUAUUGGCUUUCUUGGAACUUUUGAGCUCAGAAUUUUCCCCUCUUCUCCUUCUCAUCCUUCCUUCCCUCUCUCUCUCUCUGACCAUUUGCACCUCGAGAGAGAGAGAGAGAGGUCAUGCAAAGAGAUUCUUUGACUGUUGGUAGAGUGAUUGGGGAUGUUCUGGAUCCCUUCACGAGAAGCGUACCUCUCAGGGUGACAUACAACUCCAGGGAGGUCACCAAUGGAUGCGAGUUUAAGCCAUCAGCUGUGGUUGAGCAGCCCAGAGUAGAGGUCGGAGGAACUGACCUCAGGAUCUUCUACACGCUUAUCAUGGUAGACCCAGAUGCUCCUAGUCCAAGCGAGCCAACCCUUAGAGAAUAUUUGCACUGGUUGGUCACAGAUAUCCCUGCAACGACCGAAGCAAGCUUUGGGCAGGAGAUCGUGUGCUAUGAGAGGCCACGGCCGCAGCUAGGGAUUCACCGAUACGUGGUGGUUCUGUUCCAGCAGCUGGGGCGGGAGACGGUGUACGCCCCUGGGUGGCGCCAAAACUUCAACACCAGGGACUUCGCCGAGCUCUACAAUUUGGGUUCCCCCGUCGCCGCUCUCUACUUCAACUGCCAAAGAGAGUCCGGUUCUGGCGGCAGGAGGAUGCUAUGGUGAGGCCUGCAACUCUCACACUUCUCCUCCCUUCCCUCUCUAGCAACAGGAAAAGCAAAAAGCAGAAAACAAAUGUUGUACCAUAUAUGAUUCUUGCAUUCCCACCUCAUCCAUGGCCGAUGAUGAUGUUUGUUCUCUUGCCUUGUGCAAUUCCUAGUUGUGUCCAUCUUGAUUUCUAG